AUGUCUCUCAAAUCCUACAGACAAGUGCGUCUUUCAGCCACAACAACUACAGAUAUCAUUGUUGUUCGGUCAGCGACCAAGAUCACACCAGAACUUUUAGACAAAGCUCACAAACUAAAAUUGGUCGUACGCGCUGGGACAGGGUACGACAAUGUUGAUGUUGAAGAAUGUUCCAAACGAGGUGUCCUCGUUAUGAACACCCCAAUGGCAAACACAAUCAGUGCUGCUGAACAUACAUGUGGGUUGAUAAUGGCCCUAAGCAGGAACAUUCCCCAGGCAGCUAAGUCCAUGGCUGAGGGUCGUUGGGAACGGAAGAAAUACAUUGGUAGUGAGUUACAUGGCAAGACUCUUGGUAUCCUUGGUUUGGGACGAAUCGGCAGAGAAGUGGCAGUACGAAUGCAAGCUUUUGGAAUGAAAACAGUUGGAUAUGAUCCAGUCGUUUCGGAAGCUGAUGCUCUGCAGUGUAAAAUCACAAAAAUGUCUCGGGAAGAAGUCUUCUAUCAGUCAGAUUAUCUUACUGUUCACACUCCUCUUAUUCCGCAAACUAAACAUAUGAUCAAUGAGACAACAUUGAACAUAUGCCGAAAAGGUGUAAAAGUGGUUAACUGUGCCCGUGGUGGAAUCGUCGACGAACUCAGCCUCUUGGCUGCAUUAGAUUCUGGUCAGUGUGGAGGAGCUGCGCUCGAUGUUUUUGAAGAGGAACCUCUGACCAAUUUCGCAUUGGCUCAGCAUGAAAAGAUCAUCUGCACUCCUCAUCUUGGAGCAAGCACCAAUGAAGCUCAAGAUCGAUGUGGCAUAGAUGCGGCUAAUCAGAUUGUUGAUUUUGUUCAAGGAAUAAGUUUCACAGGAGCUGUUAAUGGCUUCAGUGUCAUGAACGCUUUGAAUCUGAACACAAAACCAUGGAUUUGUCUUGCGCUCAAUCUGGGAAUAAUUAUUGGAAGAUACAUGGAGAUUUCCAAUGUGGGCUCUUUUCAAGAUGUCAAGCUAAAACUUAAUCUAAAGGGUUGUGGUUUGGCCAAAUCAAAGAAGAGCAUUAUGGAUGUUUUCUGUGCUGGAGUUUUGAAUAAUAAGUAUAAAACUGUUAAUCUUGUUAAUUCCCCAAGUUUUACAGAAGAAAGCAAGUUAAAAGUGGAGAUAGAAUAUGAAGAGAGUACUUCACAAGAACUUGAAGUGAAUGUCCAUUUAAGAGAUAAACCAGUGUGGAAAUUAUGUGGUACAUGUCAGGGGCAACAUCCAGUGUUGACUCGUAUUGGAAAAUCAGUGUUGAUUUCACCUCCAGCACUGAAGAGUUUCUUGACUCUCUUUCAGUUUAAUGGAGACUCAAAAACAUUCAUUAAGCUUGCACAAAAUUUAAAUGAAAGUGCAUUCCAGAUUUCAUCAAUUUUCAUGCCCCAUCCAAAUGGUACUGAAAACUGGGGAGUCAUAGCAUCUUGUGAGGAGAUUGAUGUUUCCAACUGGAAGAAUGGCUUCCAGAUGUGCCUGUCUGUCACCAUGAAGUUAAUCUCUGAUGCUUUACCCCUUCAAAUGUGUCAAUAA